GAAACUCUGGCCUUGGCUUUUGAUGGCGUCCGCCGUGUCUUGAGCCACUUUUCGGAGCAAGCUGGGGCAGUAGCCUUCGCGCCAUUGGCCUAUGCCAUGUUGCUGCAAGUCCAGGAGACUCUCAGAACCUUGGGCUCUGAGACCAGCACCUCCGCCAUUCGGGCCCUGGUGGAUUUGAUGAGGAUUCCUUCAGCUUUGCAACUCUUUGAGGUGGAACUGCUGACCGUGGACCCUCGAUUACCACCAGGAGAUGUGAAAAUGACAUCCGUUUGGCUGCUGGGCUGGCGGGUCUUGUGGCAGUUGCUGACCCACUGCAUAUCUCGAGACCUUCCAGAAAACCUGAUCGAGUCGUUCACGGCAUCGAUGGUAGCAUUGAGGUCGUCCCAUGGUCACUGUUUCUCAGCAGAGCAACACCUCAUCCUGCUGCAGUUUUCGUUGGUCAUGUCCAGCAUGCCGUCUUGGUACUUGCCUUCAAGCACACCUUGGUUGCAGGCCAACUCUGACGAAGAUGACUCUGCAGGUGUUGACACAAUGCUUGCAACAACUUUGCAGAAGGCCUCCGCACUGGAAGACAAGGAGCUUCAAGGCUUUAUCCAGGCGAGCCCCGGGACUUUGUGGGACCUGGCUUUGCGGACUCGAGAUCAGGCUGAAGGCC